GGGGGGCGGGGGUGUUGGUUGUUUUAGUUGUUGGUCGUGGGCAACCUCAAGGUCGGACUUGCGUUUGAGAUGCGUCGGGGACGUACCCUGCAUUUCACGUGUGUUGAGCGCCUGCUACGUGCCGGGAGUUGGGUGGUGCAAACGGUUAAGUCCCGGCCGGUAACCUAAAGUUUGCAGUUCGAAUCUACCCGAAGGCACCUGGAAGGAAGGCCCUGGUAAUCUACUUCGGAAAGAUCGUCCACCACUGCCAUCUCGUGGCUUCCCGCUCGGUGGUAUCCUUAACAGGAUUUCCGACGCUGUAAAUCUUUUUUUUUUUUUAAAUACCAGAACACCAUGGACAUUUGUUUCAGAUAUGCCAGCAAUGUUAAAAAUUGAAACGUGGAAUUCUUGAAUGUCCAGUGAGACAGACAGCAGUGAUGGAAUUAUUUUGUACAGAAAUCUUGUGAGACUACUUCCUAAGGAAAGCCAUGAUUGUACAAAGAGUGGUGUUGAAUUCCCGACCUGGAAAAAACGGUAAUCCGGUGGCAGAGAAUUUCCGCGUGGAAGAAGUCAAGUUAUCAGAUCCUAUCACUGAAGGCCAAGUACAAGUGAAAACUCUCUAUCUCUCUGUGGACCCUUACAUGCGUUGCAGAAUGAAUGAAGACACUGGCAGUGAUUACCUAACGCCCUGGCAGCUGUCUCAAGUGGUUGAUGGUGGAGGCAUUGGAAUUAUAGAAGAAAGCAAACACACAAAACUUACUAAAGGUGAUUUUGUGACUUCAUUCUAUUGGCCCUGGCAAACCAAGGCUAUUCUGGAUGGAAAUCUCCUUGAAAAGGUAGACCCAAAACUUGUGGAUGGGCACCUUUCCUACUUCCUUGGAGGGAUCGGAAUGCCCGGUUUGACUUCCUUGAUCGGGAUACAAGAAAAAGGCCACGUAACUGCUGGGUCCAAGCAGACAAUGGUUGUCAGUGGGGCUGCCGGCGCUUGUGGGUCUAUGGCAGGGCAGAUUGGCCAUUUGCUGGGCUGUUCCCGAGUGGUGGGAAUUUGCGGGACACCUGAGAAGUGCCUCUUUUUGACCUCAGAACUGGGCUUUGAUGGAGCAAUUAAUUAUAAAAAGGGGAGCGUGGCAGAACAACUACGGGAGCUGUGUCCAGCUGGAGUGGAUGUCUACUUUGACAACGUUGGGGGCGACAUCACUGACACAGUGAUACGUCAGAUGAAUCAGAACAGCCACAUCAUCCUGUGUGGUCAAAUUUCCCAGUACAACAAGGAUGUGCCUUAUCCUCCCCCACUGGCCCCUGAUGUAGAAGCCAUCCGGAAAGAAAACAACAUCACAAGGGAAAGAUUUAUGGUGUUAAACUACAAGGACAGGUUUGAGCCUGGCAUUCUGCAGCUGAGCCAAUGGUUUAAAGAAGGCAAAAUAAAGAUCAAAGAAACUAUACUCCAUGGAUUGGAAAACAUGGGAGCUGCAUUCCAGGCUUUGAUGACAGGAGGUAACAUUGGAAAGCAGAUAGUUUGCAUUUCAGAAGAAUUCACUUUGUAGCCUCUGGAAGAGCAAUCAUCCAGGAAGUCACACUGAUUUCUCCCCAUUUUGUACAGUUACCAAACAAACACACCCCAUUUUAAAUUUAGUGUGGAUAAUUCUGAAUUUAAAUAGUAGCACGGUUAUAGGUACAUAGGUUGAAAUCAAUGUGUUUAGUUUUUUUUUUUCUCUGCUAAAACUACUAUUUCAAAAUUUUUAUUAGAUAUCCUAAAGCCACUACAAGUUUGAUGCAACUUUUUAUGAAUGUUAUAAAAUGGGACAUAAAUUAUAUUUUAAUUUGGAAUAAUAGAAUGCUUAAGAUAGAACUUUUUAGUUCAGAUCUUUUUCUAUAAUGCUAAUAUUAAAAUUGAACAUUUUUGUAGCAGUAAGUGACAAGCUUAUUUGAAUAGCCUUACCCCUCCUGGGGAAGCCAAUCUUGGCAGAAUUUCAAAAUAGCCAAACAAGCUCAUCCUUUCUGAGACUUGUCUGUAUCUUCCAGCUGUUGAAUCACAUAAUUUGUACUUCCCCAUUAAAUGGGAUUUACCCUCUGAUUCGUAAACAUA